GCCCGCGGGUUUUCCGCGCCUGCCGCGGGCGGGGCGGGGGCGGAGUCUGCGACUAUUUCAGGCGGCGCCGGGCUCUGCUGCCACAGCGGCGGCCCGGCCCGGACGCAGCCCGAGCCUGGGUGAUGCUGAAGAUGAUGACCUUCUUCCAAAGCCUGCCAGGCCAGCAGACUGGCCGAGGGGUUCUUGACCUCCCCGGAAGCUCCCAGAAGCUGCCCUCCACCUCAGAGGUGGAAUCGGAGGCCUCCAUGUCAGAGGCCUCUUCUGAGGACCUGGUGCCUCCCCUGGAGGCCAAGGGGGUCCCGGACAGGGACGAAGACGAGGCUAUGAAGAAGAAGAAGAAGAAGAGGCCAAAAGGACUGGCCAACGUGUUCAGCGUCUUCACCAAAGGAAGGAAGAAGAAGGGUCAGCCGGGCCCAGCAGAGCCCGAGGGCCGGCCGGAGUGCCAGCAUGAGCUGGGCGGCCCGCUGCCCACAGUGGAGGAGCUCAAGGCGGACCUGGAGCGCGGGCGGCUGGAGGCGGCGCGGCCGCUGCUGCUGCUGGAGCGCGAGCUGCAGGCGGCGGCGGCGGCGGGCGGCCAGAGCGCCGAGGAGCUGGUGCGGCGCCAGAGCAAGGUGGAGGCGCUGUACGCGCUGCUGCGCGCGCAGGUGCUCGGCCUGCUGCGCCGGCCCCUCGACGCGGCGCCCGAGCGGCUGCGCCAGGCGCUGGCCGUGCUGGCCGAGCAGGAGCGCGAGGACCGCCGCGCGGCCGAGGCGGCGGCGGCGGCGGCGGCGGCGGCGGGGCCCGCGGGGCCCGGGGCCUCGGCGCUGGCGGUCGCGCGCCCCCGGCGCUGGCUGCAGCUGUGGCGGCGCGGCGUGGCCGAGGCGGCCGAGGAGCGCCUGGGCCGCCGGCCGGCCGCGGGCCCCGACGGCCGCUCGGAGGCCGAGCGCACCUUCCUGCACAUGGGCCGCACCAUGAAGGAGGACCUGGAGGCCGUGGUGGAGCGGCUGAAGCCGCUGUUCCCCGCCGAGCUGGACGUGGUGGCCGCCUACGCCGAGAGCUACCACCGGCACUUCGCGGCCCAGCUGGCGGCCAUGGCGCAGUUCGAGCUGUGCGAGCGCGACACCUACAUGCUGCUGGUGUGGGCGCAGAACCUCUACCCCAACGACAUCAUCAACAGCCCCAAGCUGGCCGGAGAGCUGCAGAGAAUGAGGCUGGGGAGCCUCUUGCCCCCCCGGCAGAUCCGGCUGCUGGAGGCCACGUUCCUGUCCAAUGAGAUGGCCAGUGUGAAGGAGCUGAUGGCCCGUGCCCUGGAGCUAGAGAGUCAACGCUGGGCCCGGGAUGUGGCUCCCCAGAGGCUGGACGGCCACUGCCACAGUGAGCUGGCCAUUGACGUCAUCCAGAUCCUCUCCCAGAGCCAGGCCAAGGCCGAGAGCAUUACCCUUGACCUGGGCACGCAGAUAAAGCAGGUGCUGCUGGUAGAGCUGGCCACAUUCCUGAAGAGCUACCAGCGAGCCUUUGAUGAAUUUCUGGAGAGAUGCAAACAGCUGAGAAAUUACAGGGCUAAUGUCAUUGCCAAUAUCAACAACUGCCUGUCCUUCCGGACAGCCAUGCAGCAGAAGUGGCAGACACAGGACCCCCCGGGCUACCUGCUGGCCCCCCUGAGUGAGCUCCAGAGUCACAGCUUUGACAUCCUGCUCCAGAGCCUGUUCGGGGACCUGAAGCCGCUGUUUAAGAGGUUUACGCAGACCCGCUGGGCCGCCCCCGCACAGACCCUGGAGGAAAUCAUCACCACCGUGGGCGAGAGGCUGCCUGAGUUUUUGGAACUCCAUGACUGUUUCCGGGAGGAGCUCAUGGAGGUUGUCCACCUGCACCUGGUGAAGGAGUACAUCAUCCGCCUCAGCAAGCGGAGCCUCGUCCUCAAGACCGCGGAGCAGCAGCAGCAGCUGGCAGGUCACGUCCAGGCCAAUGCCGACCUCAUCGAGUGUUUCUGCACUCAGAACGGCUCCCCAGCGGCCUGGCUGCAUCACGCCCUCCCCAAGCUCGCCGAGAUCAUUCGCCUGCAAGACCCCAGUGCCAUCAAGAUUGAGGUUGCCACUUACGCCACCUGGUACCCUGACUUCAGCAAAGGCCACUUGAGUGCCAUCUUGGCCAUCAAGGGAAACCUGUCGAGCAGUGAGGUCAAGAGCAUCCGAAGCAUCCUGGACGUCAGCACGGGGACGCAUGAGCCCUUCAAGCCCCUAUUUUCGCUUAUAAAAGUUGGUUAGCUUUUC